CAGUCAGUGAUCAUCCUCAAAUGUGAGCUAAGUGCAGUAAGUGGACGCACAUAUAAGAGGCCGGUGGUGAAGCAAUGAAUCAACAGCGUCUAAGUUUACCCUCCCAAUCUAUUAUCAUUUAUAUUGAUGCCUGCACAUAGUUUGAGUUUAUUAUUAAAUAUUAGCACUAGGCCUAAUUCGAUUAUCACGUCUGAAAAAAGUACGUUUGAACGGUGUGGAAAAACAAACUAAAUUGUCAAUUCUUUCCUCGCGGUUGGACAUACACGAAUCAUUUACUGAAGAUAUUUGCAACCAAUAGUGUGAUUUCAGGAAAACGUUCUAAUCAUAACUCACAGUGCUGGUGUGAUGAUAGUUACGGAUCUCCCAAUAAUUUUUUAAAUCAGUUUUGUCCAGCAAGUGUGUGUGGAUAAUGGAAAAUAGUAAUUUGAAAAAACCGAAUGUUAUCGUCGUUAAAAAGCCCAAAUCUGGUCGAAAAUCUAAAAUUAUAUCGUGGUUGCGAAAUAAGUUUUUUAUAUCGACCUGGAUAUGCAAUUACAACACCAAUUUCGCCAUUUCCGAUCUGAUAGCAGGGAUCACUUUGGGACUCACCAUCAUUCCUGAAAGUAUAGCCUGCGCUCUACUUGCAGGUCUGCCGUCCCACUAUGGAUUAUAUUCCGCGUUUAUAGGUCCGCUUAUAUAUUUAAUAUUUGGAACGGUGGAGAAGGUACUUAUUGGCCCGACAAGUCUUGUUGCACUUGUUACUGUACAGUUUACUAUCGGAAAGCCGAUGGAGUUUGCAUUUGUAUUGACUUUAUUGGCUGGAUUUGUGGAACUUUUCAUGGGAAUUUUCCAACUAGGUUUUGUUUUCGACUUUAUAUCCAUGCCGGUAAUUAAAGCGUUCACAUCAGCAACGGCCAUUUUAGUGGUGGAGUCUCAAAUAAAAGUAAUUUUAGGAAUUAAAUACUUAGUUCCAGGUUUUGUGAAUUCCUUACAGAAAUUAUUUUUGAACCUGGACCAAGCACGAGUGGGAGAUGCCGUGAUGGGAGUAUGUUCCAUUAUAUUCCUUAUUUGCCUUAAGUAUAUGGUCUAUAUACCAUUUGACAAAUCCACAAAACGAGGAAGAGUCAUUGACGGAGUCCUCAAGUAUAUCAGCCUCGCAAGAAACGCAUUAAUCGUUUUUAUAACUGCUACAAUAGCGGUCAUUUGGACGGCGCGAUCGGAAACUGGGCAAGUACCAUUUCGUUUGACUGAAAACGUUGUUGCUGGACUGCCGCAAUUCUCGUUCCCCCACUUCUAUAUCGAACACAAUAAUUCAACAUAUAAUUUCGUACAAAUUUGUUCGGAGCUUGGAGUUGGAAUAUUUGUGGUGCCGCUUGUUUCAAUACUCACAAAUAUUUCUAUUGCGAAGGCUUUGACUCCGAAGGGACUAGUAAAUGCUAGCCAAGAGUUGAUGACGUUAGGCCUGUGCAAUAUCAUUGGAUCCGGAGUUAAAUCAAUGCCAACCUGUGGAGCAUUUUCUCGAGCUGCUAUUAGUACUGCGAGUGGUUUGAAGACUUCAGUAGCUGGACUUCAUUCAAGUAUCCUUGUCAUCCUUGCUCUGAGUUUGCUUACGCCUUAUUUCCACUACAUACCGGAAAGCUGUCUGGCAGCUAUUCUGAUGUGUGCAAUUGUUACUCUUAUUGAUUUCAAACUUCCAAUCCAGCUUUGGCGGGACAGCAAAAGGGAUCUGUUCACAUGGAUAUCAUGCUUCGCAGUUUGUGUAUUCUUCGGCGUUGAGGUUGGUCUCUUCUUCGGAAUUGCCAUAACAGCUGCGCAUUUGUUGUUCUUGUGGGCAAGACCAGAAAUCACCGUCAGGCUUGAAGAGAUGGACGGUUUGCAAUUCAUUAAAGUUUUCCCAAACAAUGGAUUAUACUUUCCUGGAGUCGAUUACUUACGGGAGCGAACAUUAAAAGCAUGCAUAGAAGCUGACUUUCAAGUUCCAGUCGUGAUUGAUUGCAGGAAAAUUACUGGCUUAGACUUUAGCGCUGCUCAAGGUAUUUCGAAAUUAGGCGGUGACCUAGACGAGGGCACUCGAGGUCAAGCUCUUAUAUUAUAUCAACUUUCCUUGCCAUUCCAAAAACUAAUCGAUACUGGAAAUAACAUCCUUUUUUGCGAAACUGAAGAAACCUUAAGAGAGUUCCUCACACAAGAAGGUUUAAGAAAUGGCAUCAUCAGUCUUAAAGACCACGUAAGAGCAUCGAUCGAUUUAGGAUAUAAGGUCGACUUAGUCUAGGUUAAUUAUUGAUACAAGCUGUAGAAAUAAAUAUAUUUAAUUUGUUUAUAUUGUAAUAUUUGCAUUGGUUUAAGAAAUUACUUGGUUUAUGUUCAAGCCAGGAUUAUAAAUAUUACAUUUCG